AUGUCAAGUAGCGGUCCCUUGACGGACGCGCACCGCAGGUCCGAGUCGACGAUCAGCGGUCUUUUCUCGAUCCCCGCCGAUGUGAAUCCCGUCAUGAGCGGGAAAACAACAAAGGCUCCAGUAGUGCCCAUCGCUGCCUCGCUGUUUCCGGCAAACAUCGCAGUCAUGGUCGACGAUGACCUCGCGCCUGGCGUGGCUGACUUUGGCGUCACCGCAGAGCCAUCUGUGCUUCGCUUGUCAUCCGUUGAGUGCGAGGUUUUUGAGAAUUCCAUCACAGACAUGGGCGAUGGCGGGGCCCCAUCUCUGUCAAUGGUGAGCCGUCGCGACAUGUCGCUUGCGGACAUCUUCCGAAUGCGGCUGGAAGGCUGCCGUGCGCGGCACACACUCUUCACCGCUACCACGUCACUACGCGGCAGCCUGGCCUCGUCGCUGCGCUCUACCUCGGGGUCGCCCAUGCUCCCGCUCACUGGCCGCGUGCGUGAUCAUGCCGGGAUCAUCGGCGAAACAACCUCGGCAGCCAUAUCGGCAGCCUCACAAGCGCCUGCGUGGUCGUCCCUUAAUGGACUUGGUCGCCCAGUCAACCGCCGAUCCAGCAUGCUAUCGGUGCGCACAAAUGCACUGGACACGUCAAUUGCCAUUCUUCAGCACAUGGCACACGACACGGCUGCUCGUGUCGAGGCUGUCUGCAAUGCUCGAUCUCUUGCCGGCUCCCCGUCCACCGCCACCUCCGCCUGUGGCUCCGUCGCGCUGUCCUCGUUGCAGCCGACCCAGCCCUAUCCAACGGACACCCACACUAGCACCCGCGGUUACAAGGUGGUGGGAAGUGGUAACACAGCUUCGGUGGAGGGCAGCUUUAGCGACAGCGACCAGCACACGCCACUGCUGCACACAGUGCACACGCGACAGCUCACCCGCGCUUUGGACUCUCCCUCUCCGCUGAACUCGCUCUCUGAGUCGGAGCUGCGCAGCGGGCACCUGCGCGGUGGCGGUUGCUCACAUUUGUCUGCUCAUGCCUCGGCAGCACGCCUUGCCGGAGGCGCUGUCGUUGCCAAGGCGGCAUCGGACUUAGAGCACAGCUCACCGCUGUCUCACCUGGACAGGUCUCCGUUGGCUGCAAGGCGGCAGUCAAAUGGCACAGCGGAUCAUCGAGCGCCCCAUCGGUCAGUGGCGGCCGCCGCCACAGAGGUCACACGGCCAAGCUCACAGAACCAGACGACCGACGUGAGCUUCUACAACCACGACUUCCAGCACAUUGUCCCACUCGAAGUAAAGGAGGCGCUCCAGCGUAACAUGCGCCCACUCUACGAGGACGACGAGGAUGACGACGACGCGCUGCUUCACGACGGGCUCCGUGCGCCGACGCCACCGCCGCUGACAUCCUUCCCGAACGUGGCGCACAGCAUGUACGAGGAUACCUGCAAUUUGGACACCCCGUCCAACUACGCGUGCACUCGUGGCACCGGCAGUGUUGAUGGUGCCGGCGCGGCGAUCGCGGAUGCCCUGUUCAGCAUUUCUCCGAGUACCCUUCACGCACCUAGUCGACUCUUCGCGUCACCAAUCGCACCGGCGCUGCAGACAGCCGCAUCCUCGGUGGUUGCCUGGCAAACAGGCGGCACUGGCGGGGCCAAGUCGAUCCGCCCAUUCGAUAGUGGCACAGCGGAGACACUGGGGGCUGGCCUGAGCAUCAGCGGUACAGGAGUGCCCUUCCAGACGUGGAAGUUUCCGAGUUUGGGCAAGCCGAACUCCGCGUCCUCGCUGCGUAAGGCGUCGCUCGGCGAGAACGGGAACGCGGAGACGUUGCCGGAGGGCGCGGUGGGAGGUGCGGCCGCGGUGCGUCAACCGGCUGUUCCACCAUCCGAGCACUGCAGCCACCCCACUCGCGAGACCCUCAUGCCGGGAUCGCCGCAGCAGCAAUCCAGUGAGUCUCCUCCGCUCACCCGAAACGGACUCCAGGCCACCAGCAAGCACAGCACCUUCAACACGGCUACGACGCCGUGUUCUUCCGUGGCGGCCGGUGCCCUCUCUGGCGCUGGCAACGUUGGCCCGUGCGCAGCGUCCCUGCUGUCGGGUGUGGCCGGCACACAUCGAAAGUCCUCAGUUGCGCACGGCACCCUGAUGCACUCCCAUGACGGCGCAGGUGGGCACUUUGUGCAGGCUGCUGUCGCUCGGGGCUCCCCACCGAGCGCGGCCGUUAGUUUGAGCGCCGCCGCUGACAGCAGCAACACACGCAAGCUGGAGAUGGUGUACACACUCUAUGAGCGACUGCUGCACGCACGACCUCCCGACAACAGCUUCCCUGCGGCUACCCCGAGGAGUGUGCACACGCUGAACUCGCGAAGUCUGACGGGGGAGUUGAUGCCGCCGCUGGACAUCUUGCCGUCGACACCGGCUGCCCUGAAAACGUCGCAAUCUGGUGCCGCCGGCGCUGGCUUCGAGGUGAUGAGUCAGGGCGACUGUUCCCCAUCGAUGUCCUACUCCGGCGCUCUGAGCCGCUCGGCGGGCUACUACAGCUUCGGUAAGCGGAUCAGUCUCAGCCACCCGAACAGGCAGCCGCUGCCACACCAGUUCCUCGGCAGCGCAUCAAACCUGCAUGCGACGCCGUCGCCGCCGCGCGUGGCGAUGCUCGGCACCCCCGCAGUGGCAGACAUGACUGUGACUUCGAGCGGUAAAAGCAGCGGCGCCACCAUGGCUUUCUCGUCCACUGCGCAGGCGCGGCGACGUACUUUCGACUUGUCAGUGCUGCAGCGCAUCGACUCCCGCCCGCUGCUGCAGUCGACGUUAUUUUUGCAGAACAACAUGCACUCCAUCUUCGAGGCGCACGCGCAGUUCACGCGGAAGGAGAAAGUGUACGAUGCCGGCCGCGCGGAACACCGCGUCGCGAUUGGUUUGUCACCGUCAACCGCGACUGCAUCCGUGGCGGUCGAAUCCGUGCGCCAGGACACCGUUCCGUUAGAGGAGCAGAGCGCGGCUGUUGUGCCGUCGCCGGCGGGUGUGGCCGAUGUGGAGACGCGCGAGUGUGUGACAGAGGCGAAUCAGAGGUGGAUGACGGGCCACACCGCAAUUGCCGAAGCGGCUUCGCCGGUGGUGCUCGGCUCCGCUGCCGCCGCGGCAGCAGCAGCGUCCGCCGCGCGCGAGUCGAACAAUACGAGCAGCAGCAGUAGAGGCACCCAAGUCCCAUCUAUGGGCUCUGAGCUCCCGUCGCCCGUCUCGUCCUCAAUAGGUAAGCGGCCCAACGCGUCGAGUCUGUCCGCCAACUGCAUCCAAGAAGCGCAGGAGAAGCAGGAGGAGCAGCUCCUCAAGCAGGCCGAGAUGCACGUGAGUCCCACCGCCGGUGCAGCCGCCGCCGACGUGCCUGUGGCACAUGAGAGCAACGGAAUCUCAUCACAUCGGUACUACCGAGCCCUCACGGAGGCAAAAUGCCUCGUACGUCACGUUCACGGCGUCGAUGGGGUGGAGCGGGAGGUGGACAACGACUCGAUGGACUUGGUCGUGUACGUUGGCAUGCACCUGAUGGGUUGGUUGGAGGUGGUGAGUCUGCUGGGCUGCGGGAGCUUUGGCCAAGUAUUCCUUUGCAAGGACUUGCGCAUCUGCGACGGCCACUUUGUCCAUCCAAGCGAGAUCGAGGGCGAGGACUACGAGUAUUGGAACUGCUCCCACGCCUACCUCCCCUUCAGCAGCGUCGACGCCGUGCCGACGCAUCGUCCCCUUGUCGCCGUCAAGGUGGUGAAAAGUGUGCCGCUGCUGGAGCAGCAGUCGGUUCUGGAGGCGGAGAUGCUCGUGUUGAUCGGCGCGCAGACCGCGCUACCACCAGCGAACGCAGCGGGGGAAGCUCGUGAAUCGGCCACCUCGACACUGGCAGCCGCAACAGGUGGUCACAUUGGUGUCAAUGAGCCACCGCCAGAGGAUCCACGCUGCGCCAGCAUUGCAAAGGUGCUCGCCGACGGCAUCUGCCACGGCCAUCACUGCAUUGUGAUGGAGAGGUACGGCGCAAACCUCUACGAGUACAUCGCCGCGAAUGACCACCGUGGGCUUCCCAUGUACCAAAUCCGCACUAUCGGCGCACAGCUCUUCUCCGCUCUCUCGCUAGUGCACGAGGAGUGCCACAUCAUCCACGCUGACAUCAAGCCAGAGAAUGUGCUGCUGACGCUCGACUCGGGCAUAGGCAUGCUGCGGGUGAAGGAUGAGCCGUCGCCCAUAACCGCUGCCACUGCAGCUGCGACGCUCCCCGCUGGGACCGCGAGCAACAGCAACGCCAGUAACACCGCAGUAGCGACCAAGACCCCGCGUAGCGUCCCGCACCGGAGGGCGUCUGCUGAGGCUAUGCGUCGCUCUCCGAGCAGUACGUCGCCAAAUGCCGAACCGCCGUGGCACCAGCAGCGCACCGAGUCUUCGGAGACGUCGCCCGCAUCGUCCUCGCUGCCGGCAGAGCGCUCGCACACCGUGCGAGUCGGCCCUGGCGCUGUUGCGCGGCAGCGGCUCGGCCUCAAGGGGGAGCGACGAAACUCGAGCACCCUCCUGGACUUCUCCUCCUCGCCGAUGGCGCUCGCGACGUACAAGGGUCACAGUUUUUGUCACCUCCGCUCGAGCUCGGCCAGCCGCGCCACCAUCGUGGAGCAAACGGACAUGCCGACCCCCGAGCCGCGCCGCAUGCACAUGCUGAACCAGUCGGCCGGUUUUGUCACCACUGCCGCGAGCGGCAUGUCGUUGCAAAGCCUUGGCGGUGGUAGUGCCGGCAGCUACAGUCGUCACAUGAUGCAAGCACCUGCUGCGUCCGUGGAGGAGGGGCUGGCGGUGCCAGCAGCACCGGUUGUCUCGCACCUGCGCGUUCGGCUCAUUGAUUUCAGUUCCAGCUGCUACGACGGCGGCCCAUUUUACCAAUACAUCCAGUCCCGCUACUAUCGCGCACCGGAGGUGAUUGUGGGGGCGCCGUACAACUCUGCAAUCGACAUCUGGUCGACUGGCUGCUUGCUUGCGGAGCUGCUGCUGGGCAUGCCGCUGCUCCCCGGCUGCAACGAUCACCAUCAGCUCUCGCUCGUGGAGGAGAUGAUUGAGCCGCUGCCCGACUACCUGGUAGAGAAUGGCGACAACGCCGACUUGUUUUACACCGCAGCAGCGACGGAGGGCGAGGGCAUUACCAAUGCCGCGCUGCCUCGUGCGCCAGCGGCUGCAGCGCCCGGCGCAUCUGUGUCAGCGACGCUGCAGCCGCCUCGAUUGUUUGCUUUGCGCACGCGCGAGAACUACCUGACGGUCACCGGCAGCGAGCCGCUGCCGUACCGCCGCUACUUCACGUACCAGACCCUGCAGGAGCUGGUGCGGCACUGCCCUCUGACGCUUGAGGAGCGGCGCAUGAGCAACGGGCUACAUCCGUACGUGCCAGCGAACGAGUCCUCUGCGAUCCCCCUCGAUGCGACGCCGUCGCUGUCGGUGCGAUCUGACAUGAUGAAGCAGCGCUUCUUGCUCUUCGAUUUGCUGCGACGUCUCCUUCAGACUGACUCGAAGCUGCGCCCCACCGCCGCGCAGGCACUCAAGCACCCGUUCUUCAGCUCGCUUCCACCGUAUUUCAACACCUUUGCGCUUGACUGA